AUGCAGACAUACAUAGUAGACACCGACUGUGAACCCAUUGAUGAACUGUACGUAAAUAGGCUACAAGCAUGGGUAAAAAGGUUUAUGCAAACUCCCUUUGCUAGAGAGUGGAAGUUAAACAGGGCAGUGGUUGCCUCACCGGACACGCCACGGUUAUUUGCAUUCGCUAAAACGCAUAAAGAAUCACUAUCCCUGAGACCUGUUCUGGAUAAAGCCAGAUCCCCGACUCGUUUGUUAGAUUCUGCUGUACACAAACGGAUAUAUGACCAUUUGAGCAAUUAUCCGUGGAUAAUCAAGAACUCCACUGAUUUAAUAGAUACCUUGCGACCUGUUACCAUAACUGAGGAUGCGUGCAUCACCGUCUUUGACUUUGUAUCUCUAUAUACCUCAAUCAAAAUACAACCGUGCUUCUGUGCGAUUAGGGAUCUAUUUCUUAGUGAACCCAGUGCCACUGCACAUCAUAAACACAUUUUAGAGCUGGCGCACAUUCUAUGUUACACCUCCUUUUUUCGAUUUAACAAUAAUAUGUAUUUACAAAAGCAUGGUGUACCUAUGGGCAGCCUGCUCUCAGGGAAUUUAUGCAAGUUGGUGAUAAGGCAGAUUGAAGGAAAGAUCAUACCACAGUUCAUUUCCAACAUUCUCAUAUACAAGAGGUAUGUUGAUGACAUCUUUAUUCUAUGGAAAGCCGAACCGAACAUAAACAAUUUCAUAAGUGCAAUGAAUGACAAUCCUUACGGACUCACCAUCAAAUUGGAUCAGAAGAGCAAUACAGCUGCACAUUUCAUGGAUAUCCACCUUCAACUUGACAGCACUAGGGUGGUAACAAAACUUCGAGUAGUCAGGGCAUUUAAGAGCACAUUGGAAGAUAUGGAGGAAAGACGUAGUGUACAUAGUUUACACAGUUUACACAGUUUGCGUAGUUCACGUAGUCACCCUGGUCCGAGGCCGCUCUCUGAUAUUAGCUACAUUGACGAAGAUCUCAAAACACCAUCGCCAAAUGAUUAUCCCUACGAAAUAGCCGAUCAGCUAAAAAAUACAAAUCCAACUUCUGUAUCUAAUUCUGCCGGAGCUAAGAAUUUGAAUAACAGAGAAAUUCAUCAUAAUAAUAUCAACCAGUUUAAUUCUCAACUACCAUCUGCUCCAAGUGAAAUUGAUACACAUGCAGAGACUGCUCCUCUAAUGGAAAGAUCUUCAUGUCAUCAAUCACCAAUAUCAUCACAACCACCUAUCCAGACCCAACAGGGAACACCAUCUAUUUCACCAACCACAACUACAAGUAUCACUCCAGUUAAUUCUUCCUCGCCUUCCUCCAAUGCCUCCUAUAAUAAUAGUAGUAGUAGAGCUGGUUUCAAUAUCAAUAGUCCAUUAGCCCAGGGCUAUCAUCUUCUUACUGAGCCCACUAAAGUUCAUGAAACAAGUAUUUGA